AAGAGCCUUGUCUGUCUCCAUACAUGGGCAGUUGCUACAAACCGGAAGUGUGUCGUCAGCGCACAUGACCGGAACUCGAUCACAUGAUCAGUGUUUUCAAAGAAAACUUGUAUCCAUUCACCCGGACGUCUCGGAGAUCCUUCGCUUUAUUACUGUAAUUGAAAAAGUCUUGAGGGUUGCAGUGAGCUGGUAUCAGUGAGAAGUCAUGAGACUUGUGAUUCUGGACGACUAUGACCUGGCCAGCGAGUGGGCUGCAAAAUACAUCCGCAACCGGAUCAUCCAGUUCAAACCCAGAGCUGACCGCUACUUCACUUUAGGACUUCCAACAGGCAGCACUCCCCUCGGCUGCUAUAAGAAGCUGAUCGAAUAUCACAAGAGUGGAGACCUGUCCUUCAAAUACGUCAAGACCUUUAACAUGGACGAGUAUGUGGGCCUUCCCAGGGAUCAUCCCGAGAGCUAUCACUCCUACAUGUGGAACAACUUCUUCAAGCACAUCGACAUCGAGCCGCAGAACACUCAUAUACUGGACGGCAACGCCAGCGACCUGCAGGCCGAGUGCGACGCCUUUGAGCAGAACAUUACGGCUGCCGGAGGAAUCGAGCUGUUUGUGGGAGGCAUUGGUCCAGAUGGGCACAUCGCCUUUAAUGAGCCCGGCUCCAGUCUCGUCUCCAGGACCCGAGUGAAGACCCUGGCCAAGGACACCAUAGUAGCCAAUGCCCGUUUCUUUGGGAAUGACCUUUCCAAAGUGCCCACCAUGACUCUCACCGUUGGAGUGGGAACAGUGAUGGAUGCCAGAGAGGUCAUGAUUCUGAUCACAGGAGCUCAUAAGGCCUUCGCCCUGUAUAAAGCCAUCGAGGAGGGCGUCAACCACAUGUGGACGGUGUCUGCCUUCCAGCAGCAUCCACGAACCAUUUUUAUUUGCGACGAAGAUGCGACGCUGGAGCUCAGGGUCAAAACUGUGAAGUAUUUUAAAGGUCUGAUGCACGUCCACAAUCAGCUAGUUGAGCCGACGCUCAGCGUGAAGGACUACAUGGACUGAACGCGCCAAACGGACCGUCUGGAAAACCAGACUGACAUCAGUGUGAAUGAGUGGAAACUGGCCUCAGGGACCACAGCGGUUUUGAAUGGUCAUGAAGUGUUUGGAGGUCUAUGCCAGCAUAAUAUAGAUGUAAACCACCUCUGCUUUCCCAAGGUGCCAUGUGUUCAUGCACUCCACUUGAGCAAAUCUCCAUGUUAGCUUUUGUACUUUACUUUUAAACUACUUUAAUGCCAGUGUUGUGUUCACAUGAAAAGACAAUAUUUUAGGGAAGUUGUACUCGGAAACACUCUUACUUUAACCCUUUCAGCCAGUGUUUACCAUUUUAGAUAACACUAUCACACUUUCUCACUAAUAAGAAAAAUCCUUUCUUUUUUUCAUUCUGAUAAAGCCAAUACAUAAUUUCCUCUGUACUGUAGUUUAAUCAGGAAACACUGAAGCUCAGCAUUUCGAGCCGAACAUCUUUUUUUUCACUGAUUAUGGUCAUUUUUUAAAUAACACAAGCUACUUAAAGUUCACUUGAAUGUUGAAUUUCACUCCAAGGUGACUUCUUGAACGAGUUUUUUUGGAAUCUUUUUGUUAAGAUGACACAUAAAUUAGUGCUGUCAAAUCAAUUAAUCGCAUCUAACAAAGUUUGUAAAUAUAUGUGUGUAGAUAAACACACACACACACACACACACACAUAUAUAUAUAUAUAUAUAUAUAUAUAUACACACAAACUUUUAUGGUAGAUGUGAUUAAUCGUGAUUAAUUGAUUGGCUCAAUUCUAAUGUGCAGUCAAAUCGAUUAAUCACGAUUAAUCGCAUCUAGCAAAAGUUUGUUAAAAAAAAAGUGUGUGUAUAUAUAUAUAUAUAUAUAUAUAUAUAUAUACAUACAUACAUACAUACACACAUAAAUAAUUGACAAACUUUUGUUAGAUAUUGCGAUUAAUCAAUUUGACAGAACAUUAGAAUUGAGCCAAUCGAUUUAAUUGCGAUUAACCACAUCUAACAAUUUUUUUUUGUAAAUGUGAUUAAAUGCGAUUAAUCGCAUCUAAAAAGUUUGUAAAUAUAUGUGUGUGUGUAUACAGAAAAAAACACACACACAUAUAUUUACAAACUUUUUAGAUGCGAUUUAUUGCGAUUAAUCGAUUUGACUGCACUAAUAUAGACUUUAAAAUCUUUUUUAUGAAUUCUCCAAAUGUAUUGUUUAUCCCUAUACAUAUGAAACAUUAAGAACUGAUGUGACCCACAAUCAUUUGUAAUGUUACAACCUGAUAAUUAUCUAUAAGUUGAUCUGUGAUCAGUUUUUCCAACUUUAAAAAGGUCUUACAAGUAUAAUGUCAUUUUAUACAAUUUCAAGCACAAUUUAUUGCCUUUGAAUGAAUCCAGGUUACUUGCAGUAUGUACAACCAGUGUAAAUGCUGGGAAAGUGUAUUUCUUGUUUGCUUAUUCAUGUUAAAAAGCUUUUAUUGCCAUAUCUGAAUAGAGAAGUGUGGGAAUGUUAUUGAAGUUAACUAAUUUUACACAUGAUGUGCAGUACUCAUGUAUUCUCUUUAGUUACUGUACUUUGUUAUAUACGCACUGUUUUAUAUUAUAUAAAAAUAUUAAAUGAGUCAUUUUACUCCUAUUGUAAAACACUCAGUAGCUUCAUCUAACAUUGUGGCUUUCUGAACAAGUGUGUUUGUUUGUUGCUGGUGUUUCUGAGCCCUCCUGUACUGUACUUUAUUGAAUGUUCAUGGGAAGGACAGUUCAUGUUUUUAUGGGCUUGCAAAUUUAUUUCCAUUAAACUGUUAAAAGAUUGUGUGAACUGACGGUCAACAGAUCAGCACUCCAAAAACCAAAUCAUUCUUUGUGUAAUUGCUCAUGGAUGAAUGAAUAAUAAUAAUAAAGUUUCAUUUAUUGUCA